AUGGAGGAGCAAGGUGAAGAGGCGACAGUGUCCUUGAUAGGCGUGAAAGAGGAGCCGAUGGACAUAAACAGCCAGGAAGUCCAGCCGUCGCAGCAGCAACAAGUAUCUCCAGAAGAUGACCAGGAGCAGCGCAACGCUUGCACUCCAGAGAGUCAUUCUGAAGCGCGAACUUUCCUGGCGAAGUGCGUCUUCUGCAGCAAAACCUUCACAAGCGACGAUAACUCGAAAUUACUGGAGUGUCUGCACGCAGCUUGUACCGGAUGCAUCGCGUCUAAAGUCAGCGAGCACAAUAUUUACUCGGAUUCUGACAUUGUGAUCGAGUCCAACAUGAUCGUCUGUCAAGUUUGUAACGUAACGACGCACACGGAGAAUUUAAUAGACAAUAAAUUUCACGCUAAAUUUCUCCUGCUUGAUGAUUUAGAGGCUGGUGAUACUUCUGAUGACACUUCUGCGGAGGAUGAGGAAAAAAAAUGUACAAGCUGUCAUGACAACGCAUCCGCAACGAGCUGGUGUGUCGACUGUAAGGAAUUUAUCUGUGAAAACUGUGUUAACGCUCACCAGAGAUUGAAGAUAACCAAAGACCACACGAUAAAACCGAAAAAUGAAGUGACCACCCAGUCGACGAGUGAGUCGCAAAAGAAAAACUUAAAGUUAUUGCAGUUAAGUUCUCUGUUUUGCUCUAUACACACUCAUGAACAGUUGUCGCUGUUUUGCCAGACCUGCGAUCAAUUAACGUGCCGGGAUUGCCAGCUCAGUGAGCACCGAGAUCACAAGUAUAAAUUUAUCCACGAAAUAGCAGCGGAAACACGGAACUCGGUGUCUACGCUACUAAAGGAAGUUAUUUAUAAGCGAGUAUUGUUGAAAAGUGCAAUGAAAGUUAUCGAAGAUCGACAGGUCCUGAUUUUUGAUAAAAAGAAAAGCUUGGUUCAGGAAAUCACACAUAUGGUGGUCCAGCUGACUAAAGCGAUUAGUUCUAGGGGCAAGCAGCUGAUAACGAGGCUGAAUGAAGUGUGUGAUCAGAAGCAGUCGACGUUGAAUGAGAAAAAAGAAGCCUUAGACCAGUUGUCCAAGCUCACUGAUCACUGCAUUCAGUUUGUUGACUACGCACUGGAGAAGGGCUCGGAUAUGGAGCUGCUCUAUAGUAAGAAGUCCGUGGUGGGUCAUUUGCAGCGGAUUAAAAAUCGCCGAGCUGAUAUUCCCAACCCGGAGAUCCCCGUGAGGAUUAAUUUAUCGCUGGAAAAAGUUCCGGAUUUGAUUAAAAUUAUUUCGUCGAUUGGAGCUAUUGUGGUUGAUGGAAGAGUUUACCCAUCAGGGUCACCUUCCUCGGGGACCAGCACGCCGACUACUCUGGAUGUUGAACCGAAGCAAGUGAGCGUAGCGGGUGCUGAGGCGUCUGGGAGUCAAGCUACUACACAAGCUACGUUCCCUUCGGUUACUUUGCCUUAUCAGCAGCCGACAAACCCACCACAGCCGCAGUCUCAACCGCAACCUCAACCUCAGCCUCAACUUCCAGGAUUACAAUCGAUACAACCUGCUCAACAAAAUUAUCCACCACCGUAUCCAGCUCACACAAUGCCACCGCGAUCAUCACCACAAACUCUCCAACCUCAUCAACGAAUUCCGUACACGAUGUUCAACGGCUCGACAAUGAGACCAAUGAUAAUGCCGCGAUCUGGGCCGCCAAACUGUCACCAACAGCAAGUGACUUCCUCGACUCAUCCUCAGCAGCAGCAGCAGCAGCAGCAGCAGCAGCAGCAGCAGCAGCAGCAACAGCAGCAGCAACAGCAACAGCAACAGCAACAGCAACAACAACAGCAACAGCAACAACAUCAGCAACAACAGCAUCAGCAACAACAUCAGCAACAGCAACCGCAACAGCAACAGCAACAACAACAAAUUCACAUGGAACUUAGCGGGCAGAAUUCCAGCUUGCGAGGACUGCUGGCACACAAUCCACCGCCGUUUCGCCCGACAAAUCAUGUAACUUACAGACUGCCUCCAGGAUACAGAUACCCUGGGGGUCCUGGCGGUAAUAUAACGAUUCCUCGCACAGCACCGCCUACAUAUCAGCCGACAAAUCCAGCUCUUGUUUCCGGAGGACGUGUCCAACAAUUAACUCCCGGUGGUACAGGAGUAAAUUCACCUAUCAGCUAUCCGCUAUAUCCGCAGACUGCUCGCUGGCAUAUUCCUCAGGGUAAUACGCCCGCGUACUACCCAAGACCUGCUAUUCAUCCACAAGUGCCUACACCUCAUGAUGCAUACAAAAUAAUUCUUAAAAAUCAGAACAAUAACAAUAAUAAUAGUAAUAAUAAUCAUCAUCAGAAUGUUAAUCAUAACAUAAGUAAUGUUAGUAAUAAUAAUAAUAAUAAUAAUAAUAAUGAUAAUAAUAAUAGUAGUAGUAGUAAUAAUAAUAAUAACAAUAACAAUAGUAAUAAUAGUAAUGUUAAUGCAAAUCAGAAGAAUAUUGGCGUUAAUCUCAAUGGACAGAAUCAACUGCUGGGUCAUCCCAGUGGUCUGGCGAACACAGUAUCAUCUUCCGUACCAAAAACUCCAAGCCCAGUUCCAGGUAAAUCUGACGAAACAGAAAAAACUUUGGAUAAAUUUUGUCAAAAGUCACUCAAUGAUUUGUUGAUUACUAUCGCUAAAUUGGAUUCUAAUGGAAUUGUUGUGAUACCAGAGGCCCAGAAAAAUCAAAUGGACACAUCACAGGUUGACAGUUCUACUGAUGAGGGAAUUAAUCUUGAUGCUGCUUCGGUAGACCCUAAAGCUACUGCAGUCUCGAUGACCAAGGAUGAUCCUAAUGAAGAUUGGUGUGCAGUAUGCAUGGACGGUGGCGAUGCUGUUCUUUGUUGCGAUAAAUGCCCGAAAGUAUUUCAUUUAUAUUGCCACAUUCCUAGUUUAAAAACUUUCCCUGAUGAAAGUGAAACCUGGCAAUGUAUGCUAUGUACAAAUGUGCUAGACUGCACUGAAGACCCACCAGAAGAUAAAAGAUCCAACACAAUGAGCCCUAAAGAUUUAAGGAUAGCUCAGAGAAUUAUUUUAGAGCUCUACUGCCAGUAUGAGCAAAGUCUUCCAUUCAGAGAAGUUGUUUCUCGAGAAAUUACCGAAUAUCAUCAAGUAAUUAAAAAACCGAUUGCCUUAGAUGUAAUUAGAGAUAAGUUAAAAUCAGAUAAUCCGAAUCACUACACAGAGUUAAAACAAGUGUUGGCAGAUGUCAGAUUAAUGUUUAAAAAUGCUUAUACGUUUAAUCCUGUUGAAUCAUCUGUUUAUCAACAAGCACGUAGUCUCGAAGAAUUUUUCGAGAAGUUAUUGUUAAAGUGGGCUCCAAAUUUUGCCUACGAUGAUCCGUUAUUAACACCGGAAGAAGACGAGGAUUUAUUUCCCCCUCAUAGGAAAUAUCGACGAAUAAUUAAUGAUUAA